UCAGCGCGGCCUGCUCCUCCCCGGCCCGUCGCCCCCGCCUCCAUUUCCCGCCCUCUCUUCACCACACACACGGCCCCCCCGAUCAUGGAUCCGGGCAGUGGCGGCGGCGGCGGCGGGGGCAGCAGCGGCGGGAGCAGCAGCGACUCAGCGCCCGACUGCUGGGACCAGGCGGACAUGGAAGCCCCUGGGUCGGGCCCGUGCGGCGGCGCCGGCGGCCUCUUGGCGGCAGCAGCCGCCGAGGCCCAGCGUGAGCACCUCAGCGCGGCCUUCAGCCGGCAGCUCAACGUCAAUGCCAAACCCUUCGUGCCCAACGUCCACGCCGCCGAGUUCGUGCCGUCCUUCCUGCGUGGCCCGGCCCAGCCUUCGCCACCCCCGGCUGGCGCCGGCGCCGGCGCCCACCACCACGGAGCCGGCAGUGGCGCGGGAGGCCCUUCGGCACCUGUGGAACCUUCUGAAGAGGAACAAUCGUUGUGUGAAGGUUCAAAUUCAGCUGUUAGCAUGGAACUUGCAGAAACUGUUGUAGAAAAUGGGGAGACAGAAAUGUCCCCAGAAGAAUCAUGGGAGCACAAAGAAGAAAUCAGUGAAGCAGAGCCAGUGGGUGGCUCCUUGGGAGGUGGAAGGCCCCCAGAGGAAGGUGCCCAGGAGAUGAUGGAGGAGGAAGAGGAGAUACCAAAACCCAAAUCUGUGGUUGCACCACCAGGUGCUCCUAAGAAGGAACAUGUAAAUGUAGUAUUCAUUGGGCAUGUAGAUGCUGGCAAGUCAACCAUUGGAGGACAAAUAAUGUAUUUGACUGGAAUGGUUGACAAAAGGACACUUGAGAAAUAUGAAAGAGAAGCUAAAGAGAAAAACAGAGAGACUUGGUACUUGUCUUGGGCCUUAGACACAAAUCAGGAAGAAAGAGACAAGGGUAAAACAGUAGAAGUGGGUCGUGCCUAUUUUGAAACAGAAAAGAAGCAUUUUACAAUUCUAGAUGCCCCUGGCCACAAGAGUUUUGUCCCAAAUAUGAUUGGUGGCGCUUCUCAAGCUGAUUUGGCUGUACUGGUGAUCUCUGCCAGGAAAGGAGAGUUCGAAACUGGAUUUGAAAAAGGAGGACAGACAAGAGAACAUGCGAUGUUGGCAAAAACAGCAGGUGUAAAACAUUUAAUUGUGCUUAUUAAUAAGAUGGAUGAUCCAACAGUAAACUGGAGCAAUGAGAGAUAUGAAGAAUGUAAAGAGAAACUAGUGCCAUUUUUGAAAAAAGUUGGCUUCAAUCCCAAAAAGGACAUUCACUUUAUGCCCUGCUCAGGACUGACUGGAGCAAAUCUUAAAGAGCAAUCAGAUUUCUGUCCUUGGUACAUUGGAUUACCAUUUAUUCCCUAUCUGGAUAAUUUGCCAAACUUCAAUAGAUCAGUUGAUGGACCAAUCAGGCUGCCUAUUGUGGAUAAGUACAAGGAUAUGGGCACUGUGGUCCUGGGAAAGCUGGAAUCAGGAUCUAUUUGUAAAGGCCAACAGCUUGUGAUGAUGCCAAACAAGCAUAACGUGGAAGUUCUUGGAAUCCUUUCUGAUGAUGUAGAAACUGAUUCUGUAGCCCCAGGUGAAAACCUCAAAAUCAGACUGAAAGGAAUUGAAGAGGAGGAGAUUCUUCCAGGAUUCAUACUUUGUGAUCCUAAUAAUCUUUGUCAUUCUGGACGCACAUUUGAUGCCCAGAUAGUGAUUAUAGAGCACAAAUCCAUUAUCUGCCCAGGUUAUAAUGCGGUGCUGCACAUUCAUACCUGUAUUGAGGAAGUCGAAAUAACAGCCUUAAUCUGUUUGGUAGACAAAAAAUCAGGAGAAAAAAGUAAGACUCGACCUCGUUUUGUGAAACAAGAUCAAGUGUGCAUUGCUCGCUUACGGACAGCAGGAACCAUCUGCCUUGAGACCUUUAAAGACUUCCCUCAGAUGGGCCGUUUUACCUUAAGAGAUGAGGGUAAGACCAUUGCAAUUGGAAAAGUUCUGAAACUGGUUCCAGAGAAAGACUAAGCAUUUUCUUGAUGACCCUGCCCAAUACUGUGAGGAAAUUGACUGCAAAAGCUACUUCACAUCGCCUUCUCUUAUUUUCUGCCCACUGACAAACCUCUCCCCAUAUUUUGCAAAGACAAAAUUCACAGCAAAAGUCCACAUUAUGUCAGCUUUCUCAUAUUGAGAGCUCUGCUAUGCCACUGUUGAAUUUCCCAAGAUUUUUUCUUCCCCUCUCAAACUCUGCUUCCAGACAGAUUUGGCAAUAGCUUUGUAAGUGAUGUGGACAUAAUUGCCUACAAUAAUGAAAAUUCACAGGAAUUUUUUAUUUUUCAUUUUCCCCUUAAGCAUACUCAGUCUUUUUCUCCCCCAGGCAGAUCAUUCUGAGUGUGCAAGUGUUUGUGCACGUUACAAAGACAAGUACCACGUUAAUAAAAUAAUCAAUUUGAAAUCCUUUUCGGUAUUUACUUUUGAAUAAUAUUUUUAAACUGGAUGUAACAUUGUUGCAUUAGCUUUUUAACUUUACCAAGUAAUUGAAUACAUUUUAUUACUUGGACUUUUCUAGAACUCUUUCCCUACCCCCUACUUUAAAAGGAGGUAUUUACAAUGUUCAAGUUUGUAUUAAAGGAAAGAAUUAGUUUGACCCCUUCUUUUGAUGGUUAAUGCAUCCAUACAGUUAAAUACCUUUAUGCAGUUGUGACACUGCUGUAUUGGGUCUGCCAGUUAUUUUCUGCCAAUUUAUAUUUUGACAUGAUUUCUUAAACACAGUAAGUUCCAAAAUAAACAGCAUACUAUAGUUUUUAUAAGUAAAGCAUAACAAAAUUGUACCCUUACAGAAAACUCCAUCAACUUGUUAAUUUAGUGGCAUUCACAAUAAAGAAAGCAUGUUGAGACCUGGCAAAAAUGCCUCAUUUAAUAUUUAUAAGAGCUGCAUGCCUCUACUAUAAAAACCGUACCAAUUGCAAGUGCCAGUUUUACAGUUACUUAGUUUACUAUUUUAUCAGUAAUUGUAAAAAUUGAAUGAUCCUUUCUGGUAAAAGCUUAAUCUCAUCCAGCAACUAAAUGAACACAUUUUUAGAAUCAUCAGAAUCUGCACAGACUAACAGAGAUACCUAGAAUCAAGCACAGUGUAAGUUUUUCUCAAUUAUCUGAAAUUGACUGUUUUCUUAAAUAUAAAGCUGAAAUUUGCUAAACUAUGAUUUGGAUCACCCACAAUGGAGUGUUGUAGUGGUUUUUAUAUUGAAGGCUAACUUUCUGCUCUAACUAUCAUGACUUUGAAAUUUUUAAAUAAGAAUAAAUGGGAAAUGAAAGAGUCAAUUUCUGGGUUUAUUGCAAGUCCCCUUGAAUUUGAGUGUUGCCAUUUUAUUAAAGACUUGGCCUCUUUCAGAUUGUAGUUUAUCUCUAAAUAAGAUAAUUUGUAAUUGUAUAUUUAAUUACACAUCCCUUCCCUGUAAUCUUCCUCCUCAGAAAAGGAAAGCCUAGUUCGACUGUAUUUCCAGUCACAACACAUAAAAUUUAAUCCAAUUCUGUUUUCAUAACUAUAGAAUUACUAUUCAUUUCACAAAUGAGGCUGCAUCUCAUGGACAGAGCAAAGUUAUUGUCCUGCAACUUCCUAUAAUUAUACUUAUGCUAUUGAAUUGCAUGAAAUUUAAAUAAAUUUUAUUUAUGCCUGCAAAUCUCUGGGCUUUAAUUUUUCUGGGAAAUAAUGGGAGCUUUAAUGAGUAUAUAAUAAACUCUGUACUUCCAAGUUAAUAAGAUAACUAGCAAUUGCUUGGAUUUUAAUGAAUCUUUAGAAAGAAGCUCAAGAGACCUUGAAAUUAUUUCAACAGAUAGAUUUCCAUUUUAAAAUUGAGCUCGCUUUUAAAAAGCAGUAGGUUUGCUAUUAAAACAUUUACACUUUUAGAAUACUAUGUGCAUGUUGCCAAGACUUUUAACAACAUGGGUAUCAACUGUGAAUGGCCAUGGCCUACCUCUAAAAAUAAUAAGAAAUAUAACUUUCAUUAUGAAAUAAAACAUUUCAUUUGGAUUUUUGCACAUUUGUGCAUAUAAUUGGGUUAUUUAGAAGAAACUUCAUUUCUAAAGCGACACCACAUUUUAUGGGCCUUGAAAUUCUUUGGGAAGUAUUCUCACUUAAAGUGGAUGCAUUUUUAAACUCCUAGUUACACUGGCUAGUUGUCUGAAGGAGGAAAUGUCUGGAGUGAACUGGAGGAAUAAAAUGUCUGGCAGUGUGUGAUGUUGGACCUUUAAAAAGCAAUACAGACUCCUAGGUUGUCAUUUUGUCUUCUGCAAGUGCAAGAAUGUUUAUAUGUUAACAGUACAAAAAUAGGGUAAGUGGCUGCAGAUUUAGGAUAUUACAGACUAUAAACAUGCUUUCUCUAUAGCAUAGAUACAUUAGAAACAAUUUUUCUUUGUAUCUUUUUAAUGUUCUUUAUAUAAGUUUCAUGCUAGAUUAUUUAAUUAUAGCUCUUUAACUGAAUUAAACAUCUUAGUAAUUGCCUUCUUAAAUCCUUAUUUCUUACUGUGGGAAAGGGGGAGAUAAUAGCAUCUGUUUCUUGUUUUUAAUUUGCAAAAAGGACUUUAACAGUGAAAAUCUAUGUCGAGUUCAAACCAAGAGUUGGACUAAGUAUGUAUUGCCGUGAAAUUAAAUGACAAAUAGUAAAGUGUUGUUGAAUCACUAA